GGCUGCACAAGUAAUAAUUAUGGCGGCUCAAAGUUUUGGAUAUAAUUUUAAAGGAAAGAAAGCUCUAGUGACAGGAGCAGGGAAAGGCAUAGGAAGAGCUACAGCAAAAGCAUUGGUGGAGUGUGGAGCUGAUGUUGUAGCUUUGAGCAGAACAGAAUCUGAUCUAAAGACACUAAAAACUGAGUGUCCUGGGAUUACUACUGUCUGUGUUGAUGUGGCUGAUUUACAAGCAACAAGGGAAAAGCUAUGGUCAAUCACUCCUAUUGAUCUACUGGUCAACAAUGCAGGAGUGACAUCUUUGCAAAGCUUUCUUGAAGUCACUCCAGAAGAAUAUGAAAAAGUAAUGAAUGUAAAUCACAAAGCAGUGCUAUUCUUGUCACAGUAUGUUGCUAAAUGGAUGAUUGACAGAGGUAAAGGUGGUGCCAUUGUUAAUGUAUCCAGUAUGGCAUCAAAGGUUGCAUUGAAGGACCACACCUCUUACUGCUCAUCUAAAGCAGCCCUUGAUAUGCUUACUAAAGUGAUGGGGGUUGAAUUAGGACCACACAAUAUUAGAGUGAAUGCUGUUAAUCCUACUGUUGUGUACACCGAGAUGGGUAGGAAGGCUUGGUCUAAUCCUCAGAAAGCAACACCAGUUUUACAAAGAAUACCAACUGGAAGAUUUGCAGAAGAGGAAGAUGUGGUAAAGGCUAUACUGUUCUUACUGAGUGACUCCAGUUCAAUGAUCAAUUGUGAGACAUUGCUCAUAGAUGGAGGAUUUUGUGCCAACUAGAUAUAAUUUCUCUUUAUAAUGCUAAAGUUUAGUAAUGCAAAAAAAUUAA